AUGAAUAAAUUGGCACCAGGGAAUGUACCAAGAGACCCUAAGUGGGGUUGGAACCUUACAUCAGAUCCCUGCAUUGAUAAGUGGUAUGGUGUGAGUUGCAAUUCAGACAACAAACACGUGAAGGGUAUAAUUCUUGAGAAUUUCAAUUUUGGUGGUGUUGUGGACCCCAGUUCUCUUUGCAUACCAAAAUCUCUUCAAAUCUUGAGCCUUAGGAAUAACAUUUUACAUGAUAUGAUAUCAGAGGAUAUAGGAAACUGCAAGUUCUUGACUCACUUGUACCUAAGUGGGAAUCAAUUCUCUGGUGACCUUCCUAUUUCUGUUGGAAAACUAGGUAACUUGAAGCGGCUUCACAUUUCUGACAACCACUUCACUGGUGAGCUUCCUAACAUGGUUAAUGUUUCAGGUUUGAUAUCCUUUUUAGCUGACAACAACAACUUCACUGGGGAGAUUCCUGAUUUUGACUUCUCCAAUCUUGAAUCGUUUAAUGUCUCCAACAACAAUUUACAAGGUCCAGUCCCUGACGUCAAAGGCAAAUUCUAUGCAGAAAGUUUUUUGGGUAAUCCUAAUUUAUGUGGAACGCCACUCUCAAACACAUGUCCACCAUCUGAAAAGAAGGACAAAAAAACAUUCCCUAAUGAUUUGUCCAUUUAUCUAGGUUACUUAGUUCUUGGUUUAAUUCUCCUGCUUUUUUUGGCCUUCAAAUUGUUAAGUAAAUUCAAGACCAAAGAUAAAACAUUGGAUGUGGAAAAGAAGGAAGUGACACAUGAUACUAGCGGUGACAAGCCUAAUGAAAUUUCUAGUUCCAAUGGAUCAAAGAAUUGUAUUGGGAUUAGAUCUGAGUAUUCUCUGACAUCUUUGGAAAGUAGGGUCACAACAUCAGGCCUUGUUCUUCUUUCAAGUAGAACGCUCAGAGGCUUGCAAUUUGAGGACUUGCUUAGUGCUCCUGCUGAGUUGGUUAGGAGAGGGAAGCAUGGAAGCCUCUACAAGGUUAUGCUCGAAAAUGGGGUGUUAUUGGCAGUGAAGAGGAUCAAGGAUUGGGGAAUUUCAAAGCAAGAUUUUGAGAGAAGGAUGAACAUCAUAGCCCAAGUGAAGCAUCCACGCGUGUUGCCACCUGUUGCAUAUUAUUGCUCUCAACAAGAGAAGCUCCUAGCGUAUGAAUAUCUGCAAAAUGGCAGUCUCUUCACCUUACUCUACGGAUCCCAAAGUGACCACUCGUUUAACUGGGGGAAUAGACUAAACGUUGCUGCUAAGAUAGCCGAGGCAUUGGCAUAUAUGCAUCAUGAGCUUCUUGAGAAUGGGAUAGCACAUGGUAACUUAAAAUCAAGUAACAUUUUGUUUGACAGGAACAUGGAUCCAUGCAUAAGCGAAUAUGGCCUAAUGAUGGUUGAAAAUGAAGAUCAAUUAGUCCUUUCCCACAACAAAAGCAUCAAAAGCAAAAAUUUGAUUGCAGCCACCUUCGAAGCUGAUAUAUAUGCCUUUGGUAUGAUACUUCUCGAGUUGCUAACUGGGAAAGUAAUUAAAAACGAUGGAUUUGAUCUGGUUAAAUGGGUAAAGUCAGUGGUUGCAGAGGAAUGGACUGUGGAAGUUUUUGACAAGUCCUUUAUCUCUCAAGGUGCUUCUGAGGAGAGGAUGAUGAAUUUGUUGCAGGUAGCCUUAAAAUGUGUAAAUCCUUCUCCAAAUAAUAGGCCUAGUAUGAGUCAAGUUGCAGUGAUGACAAAUGCAUUGAAAGAGCAGGAAGAAAAAUCCACAUCCUUUGACACAUGA